AUGACAAUUCUUACAAUUUCCUUAUUCUCAUUUCUUCUUCUCAUUGCAUCCAUCUGUCUUUGCUUCUGCAAUGGCGAUUCCAAUGUGCUUUGCAUUGAAAGUGAGAGAGAUGCUCUUUUGAAGUUCAAGAACGAUCUGAUCGAUCCCUCAAACAGCCUGUCUUCCUGGGUUGAAGGUGGGGAUUGCUGUGAUUGGAAUGGUGUUGUUUGCCAUAACUCAACAGCCCACGUCACCCAACUGCUUUUAGCUCCUCCUGAUGGACGGCAAGGUUACGGUCGUUCAGCCCUAGGAGGCAAAAUAAAUCCUUCUCUGCUAGAGUUGCAGCAUCUCAAUUGGCUGGACUUGAGCAAUAACAAUUUUAGCACCAUACAAAUCCCAAAGUUUUUGGGUUUGUUGGGGAGCUUAACAUAUCUUAAUCUCUCUCAAACACGAUUCCAGGGUGCAAUUCCUCGUAACCUUGGGAAUUUCUCAGAGUUGCAGUAUCUUGACCUCGGACGUAACUAUUUCUCUAAAUACCUUGAUUUGAGUGGUGUGCAUCUUCGUAAAGCAACUGAUUGGCUACAGGUAACAUUAUCCAAUCUUCCUUCUUUGUUAGAGUUGCACUUGUCUGACUGCAUGUUACAAGAUGAUACAUCUCCGAUCAGCACUGUUAAUUCUACAAAUUCACUAGCCGUUCUUGAUCUUUCUUGGAAUGAAUUAUCUUCAGUUCUUAUGUCGAUAUUUGGUCUUCAUGGUCUCGUGUCCAUUGAUCUCAGCUACAAUUCUUUGGAAGGCCCAAUUCCAGAUUACUUUGGGAACAUGUCAUUUCUUGAAGUUGUUGAUUCUAGUUUCAACUCACUCAAUUCAUCCAUACCCAACUCCUUGUAUAGUUUAAACCAUCUUCAAUCCCUUACUCUUUCUUUUAACGAUUUACAAGGUGAAAUUUCGAGUGCCAUUGGAAACUUGAGCUCUCUCAUUCACCUUGAUCUUUCAUUUAAUGAGCUACAAGGGAAAGUACCAGACUCUCUGGGAGAUCUUUGCAAAUUGAAGGAGAUGGAUUUGUCAUCUAAUGGAAUUGAUCAAGACAUAUCACAAAUCCUACUGAUUUUGUCUACAUGUUGUUUGGAUAGCUUAGAGUCAUUGAGGAUGUCAUAUAACCAACUUUCUGGCCAUUUAACAGAUCAACUUGGGCAAUUUAAAAAUUUAGCUUAUAUGGACCUUGCUCGAAACAACAUUUCUGGUCUCAUUCCAUGGUCGAUAGGGGAGUUAUCGUUUUUGAAGGCCUUUGAUGUUUCAGAAAAUCAAUUAAAUGGAAUUUCAGAUGUCGUACCCACUUGGUUUUUGAACCUUUCCACUCAAUUUGAAAACGUGAAUCUUUCUUCUAAUCAACUAACUGGAAGGAUUACAUAUUUGAAUGUAGGAAACAUUGUCGACCUAUGCUCAAAUCGAUUCUUUGGUCCACUGCCAAGACUGUUGUCAAACAGAUUCUCUGGUCCAUUAGAAUAUUUAAGUUUGUCAAGGAGUUUAUUUUCAGGAUCUCUUUAUGAAUUUGUUUGCAAUUCAUCAAUGACAUCAAUGAAAGUUCUUCUCAUUGAUACAAAUUUUCUCUCUGGAGGAAUUCCAGAUUGUUGGAACCUCGGGCAGGAAUUGAAGUUCUUAAAUUUGGGAAACAACAAUUUGACAGGAAAAAUCCCAUCUUCUUUGGGAGAUAAAAGUCUUGAAAUGCUAAACCUUCGGAACAAUAGCAUGCUUGGAGAAUUACCCUCCACAUUACAAAAUUGUACUAAUUUGGUUGUUCUUGAUCUCAGUAAAAAUCAUUUCAGUGGAAGAAUACCAGCAUGGAUUGGUGACAAGCUCUCUAAGCUUGUGGAGCUAUUCCAAAAUGUUUUAGACAUUUAA